AUGGAAGGACCACAGAUCAGUCAAGUAGAAUUACAGAAAAGUAAGGCAGCUCUUCAGAAAGCUAGACUUUCAAGAGCCUACCUCGAUGCUGCAAAAUCAUUUGGGGUUGAGAAAGACAUGGAAUUUUGUCCAUGCUUUGACAUGUCUACUAUAGAAUCUCCAGCAGCUACCACAGGAUAUCCUGCAUCUAUGGGCAUGAGACAGCAGAACUCGUACAUUGAUUCUGAAUCUAUCUUCAAGAUUCUGGCUGCUGCUGGAAAUGUUAGCACCAUAAAGAACAAUAACAAUAGUGUUUCCAGCAGUGCCAACCAAGCUAAGCUUAGUUUGAAGGAAAUUAAGCAAAUGGGAAUCAAUAACAAACACAACAUUGCUGCCAGAAACAAAUACUACGGUUAA